AUGGCCCAAGUGAUCUCGAACAGUAGUGCGCCGAUUCGCAGGGCUCACGCGAAUUCAAAAGCAGUGAAGGAGACACCAAGAGUCCCCUUGAAAUAUUCGGGCUCGUUGGAUAGCUACAAGUCUUUUGACAUUACUCCAAUCAUUGGGAGAGAGUUUCCAGAUGUGCAAUUGAGCACUCUGCUUUCUGAUGACAGAAAACUUCGCGAUCUGGCAAUUUUGGUUUCUCAACGCGGCGUGGUGUUCUUUCGCAAUCAAGAUCUAGAGAUCGAUCAGCAAAGGGUUCUUGGGGAGAAGCUCGGUAGGCUUUCGGGAAAGCCAGAAACUUCAAAGUUGCAUCGUCAUGCUAUGACGGAUAAGAAAGCGAAACGAGUAGUUGAUGGGGAACCGAAACCUGAUGAGGAGGUGAUGGUAAUUUCAUCAGAGAACGCCAAACUAGCCCACCAGGGACACGUCUCACCGUUGAAACCUCUAGCGAGCACACUGUGGCAUUCCGACAUCACCUUCGAGCAUGUGCCAUCGGACUACGCAGUCUUGAAAAUGACGAUAGUUCCGGAGACGGGUGGCGAUACGAUAUGGGCAUCUGGCUAUGAGGCAUACGACCGUUUGUCGCCGGCGUGGAAACGAUUCGCGGAAAGCUUGACAGCAACACAUCACAAUGCUACCUUAAAGAAGGCGGCCCAGGAAGGAGGCGAGGACUUGAUCUCAGGCGAUCGAGGCUCGCCGGACAACGGAGGUCUUGACUUUGAAGCUUCACACCCUGUGGUUCGAACCAACCCAGUGACUGGGUGGAAGAGUCUCAUGGCUGCCGGGCAUCAGGUGCAUGACGGAAAAUUCAAUAAUGUAACGCCACGCGAAGAUGAGAUCCUCAAGUCUUACUUCCUUCAGCUCAUUGCAGAGAACCAUGAUCUUCAAGUGCGAUUUAAAUGGCGAACGAACGACAUAGCGAUUUGGGAUAAUCGAUCAUGCUUCCAUACAGCAACUUUUGACUACGACGCGAACCGCUCUGGGAACCGCAUCGUUUCGAUUGGGGAAAAGCCGUACUUGGACCCAAAUUCUACAGGCCGACGUUUCGCGCUUGCUAAGUUGUAG